AUGGCUGGCGGAUCCGAGAUCGCGGGGCAUUACAAGCACCUCAUCAAUCCGAAUAAACACUGGUGGCAGCAUACUAGAGGAUGGAAGCUCAUGUUUUGGGUAGGCCUCUACUGCCUCGGAAACAUGGCGAACGGAUACGACGGCGCCCUCGUUUCUGGAUUGCAGAUCUUGCCCCUAUUUCAGGAGGAUUUCAACCACCCGACCGGCAGCACGCUAGGCUUAUUGGGUGCUGUCCAGAACAUCGGCUCUCUGGGAUCAAUUCCCGUCGCUCCGCUGUGGAAUGAUCGCUUCGGUCGCCGGAAGACCAUCCUGCUUGGCACGACGAUGAUGAUAACCGGUGCAGCACUGCAGGCAGCGGCAAAGGACGUGAACUGGUUCCUGGGUGGACGGGCUCUGCUCGGCUUCGGCGGAGGGUUCAACAACAACGCCGAUCCUUUGAUGGUCAUCGAGCUCGCAUACCCGUCUCACCGGCCCAUCCUCUCCGGCUGCUACGGCUCCCUCACCGGUGUAGGCUCCAUCGUGGCCGCUGCGAUUACCUUCGGAACAUACUACAUCUCCAGCAGCUGGUCGUGGCGUCUCCCCGCGCUGGUACAGGUCAUCCCAACCGUGUUCCAGAUGUGCAUGGUCAUGCUUGGCCCCGAGUCUCCGCGCUGGCUCAUGUCCAAGGGUCGGGAGCAAGAGGCAUUGGACGUGCUGGUGUACUACCACGGCAAGGGAGACCCGCACGAUCCGCUCGUGCUGUACGAAUUCGAGGAGAUGAAGAAAGCGGUGGAAGAGGAGAAGAAGAACAAGAUUGGCGGUUGGAUAAGUUUGUUCAACACGCCCGGCAUGCGUCGUCGGUCUUGGAUCAUGAUGGCACUGGCACUGUCUGGACAGUGGUCUGGUAACGGCCUUGUCACCUACUACCUCUCCCCAGUGCUCAACACCAUCGGCAUCACGGACCGCAAGCAGCAGCUCGGUAUCAACCUCGGCUUGACGGUGUGGAACUUCGCCUGCGGUAUCAUGGCCGGGUUUUCGGCUGACAAGUUUGGCCGACGCCGGAUCUUCCUCGCAACGACGAGCAUGAUGCUCGCAUUCCUCGUAUCGGUCACGAUAUGCUCGGCACAGUACAACCUGCACAAGGACAAGGUAUCCGGCGCGUUUGUCGUGGUGUUCAUAUACUUCUUCACAGGUUGUUACGCCUUCGGUUGGCCCGGUAUCAUGCUCCUCUACGUGACGGAGAUUGUGCCCACGUCGUUGCGAUCCAAGGCCCACUCGCUGUGGGCCAUCACACAAGCGUCCUUCCUCGUCUUCAACCAGUACACGAACCCGAUCGGUUUCCAAAGCCUAGGGUGGAAAUACUACCUCGUAUUUGAUGUAGUGAUGGUCGUGAUCCUGGCCUUCCUCUACUUCUUCAUCAUCGAGACUAAAGGACUGACACUGGAAGAGACCGGGAUUCUCUUCGACGGCGAGGUAGCUGUGAAGAACCUGCAAGACCGCGCAGACCAGCAGGCGGCAUUGGAUGCCGAUGUCGAGGAUAUCGUGCAUCGUGAUAGGGGAGAGGAGGAGAGCCCGGGGAGCGAAAAGGGAAGCUUUGUACACACGGAGCACGUGUAGUUCGGAUUAUGAGCCGGACAAGGCAAU